AUGUCGAAUUGCAGAUUUCUCUACCAUAACGGUGUCGUUUUGGAGGCUCCCCCCGUCACUACCUUCCUUGAAUCGCACACGGGUGCGUAUACAACGACGAGAACGAUUAACAAUGGAACUAGUUUCUUGUUCUGGGAGAGACAUAUGAAGAGACUCUCUAACUCAAUUCGUAUCCUUUUGAAUUCAAAGCCCGAUCUUUUGUUCAGUUCUUCUGGGUCCUCCUCCUCAUCACCGCGGUUUUGGAUGAAUCAUCAUCAUCAUCAACCAGUUCCCUAUUCGAGUAUUUACGAUCUAGUCAAUGGUUCGAUGAGCGAGGCCCUGAAGUCUGUUGUGAUCAAGGAAAGUGGAAGAAGUAGUUAUGGAGAAGAAUUAGCGGUUACUGUUCUUGUCACUGGUAAUGUGGAGAAAUUGAAUAGGUUAGAAGAUGAUGAUGGGAACAAUUGUGAUGAUGAGGAGAGAAAGGUUCUUGAUUCACUCCAUGUUUCGUUGCAUAUUGGUGCAUACUCUUCAGGUGUUGGAGAAAACGCGGCGAGUUUGGCUUUGGUUGGUCGUGGUCGAGAUGUUGCUGCUGCUAAAUACUCAGACUGGGUUAGGCUGAGGAAGCCUCUGGAGAAGUUUAGACCUCUUUCGACUACUGAACUUCUUUUGUCAAACGAUGGUGAUCAUUUGCUUGAGGGCUGCGUCACCAACUUCUUCGUUGUUUGCCGCAGGGUGAAGAAGUCAUCUGAGAAUCUCUACGGCGGGAGUUUGAGCGAGUUUGAAGUGCAGACCGCACCUAUAACUGAUGGUGUGCUUCCAGGAGUUAUAAGAGACCUUGUCAUCGAAGUGUGUUUAAGCAAGGGGAUUCCAUACCGCGAGAGAGCACCCUCGUGGUCUGACCGUGAGCUUUGGGAAGAAGCCUUCAUUACAAGUAGUCUGAGGAUUUUGCAGCAUGUAGGAACGAUUAAAGUACCAGUUGGUUCAUUGGAAGCAUUGGCUUGUAACAAACCUGAGGAGAUUCAGUGGAAGGAGAAAAAGUUUAAAGAAGGACCUGGGAUGAUCACUGAAGUAAUCCAGAAAGCGAUAAUGGAGAGAGGUAUUGAAGAAGGGUUCCCGUUGAAGGCCUUUUAGUGCUCUCCACAUGAUCUUGCCAAAAAUGUUGCCAAAUCAUAACUUAUUAUUCACAGCGCUCUCGUCGACCCUUUUAAUAUCUGUAGUUUGAUAUACUACAAGUUUAUUGUCAUAACCACAAGUAAAGACAAAUUUCCAGAUCGAUCACUAUUGACGCUAACUUAAAGAUGGAAAACUGAACUAAACCUCUUUUGUUGUUGUUUUAUAAUUGGAUGAUGCUUGCA